CAGUCAACAACAACAACCAAACGCAAACAAAACACACAAAAAAUCCAAUCAAUCAUCAGUGCAGAGAAAAGGGAUCCUAUAGCUGACAGCCGUGUUUAAAUCGGUCCGAAGCACAGUCUACCAUCUGGGCCAUACAAAAUCCAUGAACUCAGUUAAAUGAGAAUGGUAAUGGCCGUGGGAUCAUACGACACUACCCUUGCCCUAAAAAAUCUUAACUGAUACCUGCGGUCCAGAAUAUUUAACGUUUUAUUUUGAUGAAUAAGGGGAGAGAGGAGAGAUAGAUGAAACCUUUUAAAUCAAUGUCAGUGUUUCAACUGACUUCACGAAAGAUCACGAUAUUUUUUUCCUAUUCAGUAACAUUAAAAAAAAUACUAAUUUGCCUAAAAUAAAGUGAAUAAUGUGUGGUCUAAGUCUGCAGUGUACAAAUCUCACGCAGUACUCUUACUUAACCCUGUCAUUUCAUUGUUAGUUAAAUGAAAUAAUACAAUAAUAUUCAAUUUAAUUUUCAUUUAUUAAAAAAGAUAUGUUGUGUUCAAACCUGCAGGCUAGAGACAACGACAGCGAUGCCGAUGACACUGAUGUCAGACUCCUGCGUGUGGUACCCCCACGUGAGCACACACAGAGUACGUGCUCCGGAGCCAGCACUUACCACGGGCCAGUGUCCGAGGACUCUGGCUAUCAGAGCCCUGUGAAGGUCAGCGUGUCCAGCGGCGAGUCGGGCCACGUAUUGUCCAGCAGUCCGGACUCCUUUGGACUUCGGGGAGAUGGACAUGAUAUUACAGAACGAGAAAUUGAGCUUGAAAUCAGAGGGAGGAAAAUUUCUGCUGCGGAGGUGUCGUGUGAUAUCAUGAAUGAUGACGUCUUUCCUGAAGAAGUGGAGGUCGUGAAUAUUUCAGAGACGGUUCUCUCUGUUGAUAAUCACUCGUCAAAAGAAAUUAUAAGUUUAUCCGACAAAGCUAAAAUUAAUAUUGCCAACAACUUGCAUCGAGCAAUCUCUGAUACGUCUAUUAGUGAAUUAGUUUCACCACACCCAAAUAACAUCAGACAUUUCCAAGCUACAAAAAGGCGCCGCAGCGAGGGAGAUGUGUCCUAUAGCGCACAGCAAAAUAUAUGGCAAGAGGAGAGGGAGGCAAAAAAUGUUGUCAAAAGAAUGCCGACAAGACUAAAACCUAAGGAGAACAAUGAUAGGGUUACCAAAACAAAGAAGCGGAGGAAGGCUGUCGUGAAGGCCCCUACGCUUGCGAUGGAAAACUCUCUCUAUCAUGUCCUGGAUAGGCCCCAGAGACAGUUACCCCCAGCUGUCCGAAUGUCCAGAAAAGUUGCAAAACCGUCAGCAUCUGCUAAGAGAUACGGAGACAUGUUGCCUCUCUGGUAUGGAGGAAUCAGUCGGAAACGCUCCUUCUCCGACCCACCCCGGGAUUACGUGAACACUAUAAAUAACACAACUAUCACAGGCAGUUCAGAGUGGCAGCCAAAAUCAAAGACUUCACUAGAAGUAGAAGCAUCUAAUCUAAAGCUUUGUUCGAAACGUAAAUCCUCUACUACCCACAUAGUAGUGGCAGAGGUGCACGAGGUACGACCGAGCAUUGAAAACAGAGCUAUUCUCACGACAAGUCAUCCGGGAAUGGUCAAUUCUGUGCAGAAAUCAUUUUCUCUCGUUGUACCCACUGAUGAACCAGGUGCAAAACUGGGGAAUCUUCAAAGAUCCCCGAAAAUGAAAAAGACGUUUGUCAAAUCCCCAAGCGUCCCAGUUGAUCGUGAAAAUAAAAGUAAAAUAGAAAGAAGGAAUGUCAAGAAAGUAUCAGCGUCUUCACACCAGUACGCGGACUUCCAAAACAUUUUGCAGCACUCCGGCCAGCUGAGCAGUAGCCUCGGGAAAUCAAAGGAAGAUACUCGCCCGAAAUAUCCUCACACCCAAAAGGGCAAAGACGAAGUCGAGCACUCCGGUUUAAUUUUCCUCCACAGACAGACGUUUCGAAAGAGUUUGAAAAGAAGUUUUUCAGAAGAAUACCUAAGUUCUAACAGCGGGGAGAACUUCGUUGCAACCGGGCUCCAAGUCAAAGCCCAAAGUAGUCGUAAAGUCAUAAAAAGUGAUGAACUGCACGCUUUACCCGGCCAGGCUAAAAAGACUGGACAUAAACAGCAGACUGUACAUUGGUCAAAAGGAAGUACUGUUGCACUCCGACUCACAGACGGGGAACAGUUAGAGGGAACCUCAGUGCUGACCGAUGAUGAAGAGUUCCUGCUGGAGUCGCCGCCGUACUUUCGAAACAGAAGACUCUCAGACCCCUCUCCCUUGCCGAGCUCUUACCUUCCCCGCCAAGAUUCCGCGUCCACCAUAUCGACGUGCAGCCCCAGCAGACCGCUCCUCUCCCCUGGAGGACGAAUGGACGAUGGAGGCCCGGACAGCAGAAGUGUGCGGGCUGGUCUCCUGAAGACCACGUCAUGUUUCUGGUGGCCGUCUCCUCACAGACGACGACGUCACGGCGUGGCAGACGUGGGGGGUCCAGACAACAGUAACAGCAGCGCUGGAGGGGACGAUGGUAACAGAAGCAGCAACAGCAGCAUCAUCAGCAGCACGCGUAGCAAAGGCGGAGACGAUGCUGACAAAAUCAAAAGUAGCUGCCAGCACAGCGACAACAACAACUUUAGCAUGGACAACAGCAACUGCAGCAAUAACAACAACUGCAACGACGACAACAACUACAACGACAACGGCUGCAGUGACAUGAACACUUGCAGCGAGAACAACAGCACCAGCGACAACAACAGCAGCGGUAAUUUUUUUGGUAGCCUCCCAGGAGGAAGUUCUGGUACCUCCCAGUUUCUCGUGGCAUUGGCAAGCGAAAAGCAUCCAUGUGCUCUCCAUCUAGUGGCUCCUACAGAAAGGGGCGCCGCAGUGCAAAAAUGUCCGUGAAAUUAAUUAAUAGAGUUGAAAAAGAACGGUUUCUGGGAAAUAGUUUUUUUCUUUUAUUUCCAAGAUUUCCAUUCUUAUUUUACAUGCUUUUAGCCAGGCUAUAACGCUUCUCAAGCACGUGGCUUUUCUUGAAAAAUGUCAUUAUAUAUACAAGUACAUGUACAAGCAUAAUAAUAUAACAACUUCGUGAAGCCGUGCAGCCAGGCUAAAUUUAGUGGGUGGUUGGCGGGCGCUCUAGUAUGGUUUAGUCCUUCUUUCCUAUCAAAUACCUGUCGUCC